UUUCGACACCUCAGGUGUGGUCAUCAUUAUCCAUUUAAAGAGGCCAACCCGUGUUUGUGCGCGUGUUGAGUUAACGAUGUCGGCGCUGAAGGCGUUUCUCAUAGUUCGCCUUUAAUGGAAGCCGGGAAUAAAAAGUGCAAGUUUCAAGUUGACGUGUGUGGCUGUUGCCUUCACAUCAGAGGAGCCGUUGCCAUACAUGGGGAGGGAAGAAAAAAAAACAUUUCUCAAGAAGAAAAGUUAUUUUUCAAGGAUAAAAUUGGGGGGGAAAUGUUGAAAAAGACUUUACGCAGCACAAAAAAAAAAAAGAAUGAAAUUAUAUAUUUUUUUCUAGGAAAAACAAAGUCAUAUUUAGUUUGGGAAUUUUUAUUUUUCUCAAGAAUAAAGUUGGAUUGUUUUGAGUAAAAAGAGAAAAAGUUGACACGAGGGGCGUAAAUGACAAUGCCGUCAUUAAAUAAAGGUUAUAGUUUUGGAAAAAUGCUAUUUUAUGGGAUUAAAGUUGUAAAUUUGAGUAUUGAAAAAAAAAAAAAAGUUGUAAUUGAAGAAGAGAAUGAGAAAGAAAAACGUUACAAUUUUAUGAAAUAAAAUGGAUAAAGUUUUAUGUUGGAAAAUUUUUGUUUAUUUCUUUUGGGGGGGGGGAGGAAGACAUUUUUUGAGGAAAAUGGAGGAAGGGAUGGAAUUAGAAGAGAAAUAUUACUAUAUUCUCCACAGAUUUUUCCUGUAAAAUUUUCUUUAACUAUUUCAUGCUGAUCCAGUAAAACAGCAAGCGCGUCCGAAUUUGCAUAUUCAUGAGGUGUCAUUAAGGCAGAACGCGCCGACGAGGCGAUGUUCAAGUGCGCACGUGCAGACGCACGCGCUCACGCGCGCACACAUUUGCUCAGGGUUGAGCACACACACGGAUUCCUGGAAAACCACUCGAGUUGCAGCAAGAGCAGAAGUGCAGUCGUGUUGGUGUUUGUGUGCGCGCGUCGUGAACGUGCGUCGCGCGAAGACGGCAGGCCGGCGUCCGUAGGCCGUAACGAGCCGAGAGAUGACAGAAGUGGCUGUCAAAGGUUUCAUUUCUAUUCUAUUCAGUAAGCACUUUAGAGAGUGUACUGCCCAAAGGAAUCGGUCAAGGGUAACAACAGCCCAUAAUCUAAUAGCUGGCUGCCAAUAAUGUAAUCAAAGUCCACAACAUAUAACAUAAUAACUUGCAUUAUUGGCAUGAUAAAUAUAUAGAUAUAUAUUUAUAUACAGUAUAUUCGCAAAUGUAAUAACUGAGCCCGUAGCGUAAUAUUAAAUUACGUUAUGGGCCUAUUCCAUUUUAAAAAGGGGAAAUAUAUUAUGUUACAGGCCGUUAUUAUGUUAUGGGCUUCCACUCGUUUAAUAUUUCUGACGGGGGUUUGCCGUUUUUUCCUUGCCCUCUUCGGUUUGUCGUCCAUCUUUGUCAGCUGCGAGCUUGAGGCCGACACGGGAGUGGAUUCGGACCGGCGCUCCCUCCCACUCCCACAGAUAUCGAUCCCGUUCCAUCCUAAUCCCCAGCCAGAAUUCGACGGAACCCCGCAAAACUUUCCGGUCACGUUGGCUCCCGCUCCUGCCCAAUCCCGUGAUUCAUUGUGAAAUUCACUCACACGCCGCGGGAAUCCCCAAAAAUGUCAGCCUCAACUGUGAAGCCUUUCAACACGCUUGUGAUUAGGAGAAUUCCGAAUGAACUUGACAGGAGAGCGCACUCGUGCUGAGGAUUGGGCGGGAAAAGAGAGGCGCCGUGCCACGAGAGAGAGAGAGAGAGAGAGACGGGAAGCUAAAAGGCUGGCGCACUAAUUCACACGCUCACACGGGGACCACUUGGCGGGGGGGAAACCAAGACGCGCCAACAUGACACGGGGGGACAUAAGCGAGUGCGCCGCGCACGUGCGCCGGGGCUCGAUCGUGUGACACCUCCAGCGCGAGGCACCUCCACCACUGCCUCCACCGCGAUGUCCCCACAAGACGCGUAAAAGGAUUCCCAAAGGUUUUCCAGCUCCGCCAUGUCGAGGAUGCUGGGGCCGCGGCACUACCCGCAGCCGAUGGCCGCCCAGCGGCAGCAGUCGGCGGGCGCGUGGCCCCCCGCCGCACUGGGGGCCACGCUGGGGCCACGCAACUCCACGACGGCGGCGGGGGGGGCCCCGCAGCAGCAUCAGGCGUUCCCCUGGGCGGUGAGCGUCCUGGCCGGCGUGCUGAUCGUCACCAUCGUGGUGGACGUGGUCGGCAAUCUGCUCGUCAUCCUGUCCGUCUUCAGGAACAGGAAACUCAGGAAAACAGGAAACGCGUUUGUGGUGAGCCUGGCCCUGGCCGACCUCGUGGUGGCGGUGUACCCGUACCCGCUGGUGCUGACGGCCAUCUUCCACGACGGCUGGAUCGCGGGAUACCUUCACUGCCAGGUGAGCGGCUUCCUGAUGGGCCUGAGCGUGAUCGGCUCCAUCUUCAACAUCACGGGCAUCGCCAUCAACCGCUACUGCUACAUCUGCCACAGCCUGCGCUACGACCGGCUGUUCUCGGGCGCCAACACCGUGUGCUACGUGGCGCUGGUGUGGGCGCUGACCGUGCUGGCCGUGGCGCCCAACUGGUUCGUGGACUCGCUGCAGUACGACCCGCGCGUCUACUCGUGCACCUUCGCCCAGUCGGCCAACUCGGCGUACACCAUCGCCGUGGUGACGGUCCACUUCGUGCUCCCCAUCGCCAUCGUCAGCUACUGCUACCUGCGCAUCUGGACGCUGGUCAUCCGCGUGCGGCGCCGCGUCAAACCCGACUCGCGGGCCAAGCUCAAGCCGCACGACCUGCGCAACUUCCUCACCAUGUUCGUGGUGUUCGUGCUGUUCGCCGUGUGCUGGGCGCCGCUCAACCUCAUCGGCCUGGCGGUGGCGCUGGACCCCCGGCUGGGCCGCGCCAUCCCCGAGUGGCUCUUCACCGCCAGCUACUUCAUGGCUUACUUCAACAGCUGCCUCAACGCCGUCGUCUACGGCGCGCUCAACCACAACUUCAGGAAGGAGUACAAGCGCAUCGUGCUCGUCGUCUUCAAGUUCCACUGUUGAGGGGGGAGGGGCCUCUUCGGAGGUCAAGGGGGGGCGGGGAGGCCGGCGUUCGGGCGGCCCGACUAAAACGCCGCAGGCAAGAUGGAGUCACGCUCGUGAUUAUAAAUACCAGCGAACUGUGACGUUUUCUGGUCGAUCGUUCCCAUCCGACAGGAGCUAUCAAAAUGGCGGGAACACAUUGUUGGUGCUCUUCCAAACGAUGACAUCAUCAUCAAGGUUCAUUUGGAAAUUGGCGGGGGGGAGAAAAAGAUAGUUAGACUUCUGCUAUCUGAUGCUGCAUUCAGACAGUCGGAAAAUAGAAAAUUAGGGCUACGUACGCUCGACUUACUUAGCGGUUGGACUGGUAGUUAACAUUUCCCACGUUAUGAAAAUGUUUUCCACAUUCACUACACUUCGCACACUUGCUGCUAUCUGAUUGAUGCUGCAUUGAAGGGAACCGCUUCGAUAUAGAAGAUGACAUAAAGUAGACUUACUGGUUGCACUGGGAUGUGAAAUUUAACAAAACAUUGUUGACGUUCACUGUUUCCCGCAAGCUUGCAUAUCUGAUGCUGCAUUCAAGGACACUGGGAAAGCAUCUCGUUGACUCUACUGCAGCCAUCAAAGACGAGAAACUAUAUUUAUUGGUUUUACUAGUAGUGGUUUAAAAAAAACAACUUUUUUUUUAUCCAGUUCCAGUGAAUGCAGCAUCAGAUCUGCAGAAAGUGAAUGAAUGAAUUUGGACAUUCAGUGCAGCCUGCAUUCACAAAAAGUGGGACAACACAAAUUUCCCACACUCCUCGGUUAUAAAAGACUACAUAAACUCUAUUUAGUGGUUAUAGCAAUUAUUGACAUUUAUCAAAACAUUUUCUUUUAGACAUCCACAAUGUUUCCCACAAGCCUACAUAGCUACUGCUGCAUUCAAAGAAACUGGGAAAGCUGAAAAGGUGGGGUUAUGCUGAAGACUGCAUUUAUAGCCAACAAAAUAUUUGAGACAUUCACUUCUUCUGCUAACUAAUGCUGUAUUCAAAGACACUGGGAAAACCCAAAGUCAGCACACCACUCAGCUAUAAAACAUUCCUGAAGAUUGAAUGCGUUCAGUGGAAAAUGUCCUAUUUCACGGCCACCUCAAAUGCAACAGACACAACACUGGCAAAAGUAAUGGGACACAGCUCUUCACCAAUGGGCAUGAGUUGUCAGACUCCCGUCACUUUCUGGUAUCAGAUGAUGCCGCAUUCAGCUAAACUGGGAAAUACGGCCACGGGAAGCAAUUUAUAUCCAGAAACAAACUAUUAUAGUCGUGUUGCAGUCUUUCCAAUUUCCCAGUCUUCACGAAAGCAGCACGGCAACAGACACUAAAUGAACAAAGGUAUUGGAACACAGCUCAGCUAAUUACAGGUAGUUACUAAUCAAUCAGAUGUUGGUUUAGUCAUUUUAAACACUAAAAAAAAAAAACACACACACACUAGGUUAACAUGUCCGUCAGCCCUGAAUUUAUGUUUACCUUUGACUGAAAGGGAAACAUAUUUGAAAGUUUGGCUCUAAAAGUGUCAAAUUUCCCAGCCGUCCCGACUGCAGCAUGUCUCAAAUGCUACGUGGACAAAAGUAUUGGGAUGCAGCACUUAAAUGAUGAAUGCUGAAUCCCAAGUUAAUAAGUUCAUCGUCCUGUAACCUUUUUUUGUUCCAUAAAUGCAUGCUUGGAGGAAUUUGGUGUGAAAAAACAAGAAACAAAUAAGAAAAUACCCACUGAUCCAGACACUAGAAAAAAAAUAAUCAUCACAUUUUCUUUACGUCUUGUUGGUGUUCCAAUGAUUUCUUUAUUUUUUUGAUCCCAUCAUCUUCCUCAAGGGUUUUCACUUUUGACAACAUUUUGCUCACCAAAAGGUAGAAAAAUGACGAUCAUUACGUUCACGCCGACUCUGAAUGUGAGACACGAGGAUCCAGGGUGCUCCUCCUCCUACCGACCACUUAAUUGGUUCCGACUGCCAUUUUGUCAGUGAAAUAACAAGGGGCCAGACAUUAGUGUGACUCAUAUCCCACACAUACACUUGAUUUCCAUCACAACAUGGUGACCACAUCACUGUGUUGGAUCGAAUCUGGAGGAUGCGUAUUUAUCAUCUGCUUCUAUUGUGUGUGAGUACACGUAAAAUGUAUGUUUUUUUUUUUCUAAACAAACUACUGUCAGGGCUCUGUUCACAGUACUCUAUAGCUUUUCCACCGAAUGGAACUUGACCCAAGAACUCCGAUCUUUUCAGGAACCAUUUUCCAAAUGUAGUUCUGGGGUCAUUUACUGCGAGGUGGGGUCAAACUUUCCAUCCAGAAAGACAAGAAUCAAUAUUUGGGGCGGGGUCUGGUUGGAGCUUGGAGGAACUGCAAGUACCAAGAACUUAAGGUUCCUGGAACUUCAGGUGGAACUAUUUGCCAAAUGUAUUUUUUUUGGGGGGGGGCGGGGCAAAAGAAGACCCUGCUGUGGGAGGACCACGAACCUUAGGGGUGGGGUCUUCAGUGCCGAAUUUGAUGGGACCCUUUUAGUUCCAGGAACUACAGAGACAAAGAGCUAAAAGCUUCCAGAAUUUGAGGUGGAAAUGCAGCAUCGACGACAUAUUGGAGCGGUCACCAUGGAAACAAGUGUCUGUGUUUUUACAUAAUCAGGAAAACACAAGCCUCAAAUUUGGUCCAGAAUGUGAAUUUUUUAAAAAAAUGUAAAAAAGGGAGUGGGGGGGGGGGGGGGUUAAUACGAUUGUUGAUGUGACGUUUGUAAAUGAAUACUUUUUUAAAUGUUACUCUGUUGUGAUGCUCCCUCUGCCAAACACACUGUGAAAAAUGUUCGGAAUGAUGUAAACAUGUUUAUUUUGUUGACGUGAUGGUUUUAUGUUUUAUUUUUAGUUGUCAUGCUGAAAAGUGUUUUGUUGACAUACAGGAACGUUUUCAUUUUAAAAAAUUGACAUUUUGGUUGACAUAUUUGUGUUACAUGAUGAACCAAUGUUUUAAGUGUUUUUGUUGACAUACAGGAACAUGUUAUCAUUGAUUUUUUUUUUUUUUUUUUUUGACGUUUUGGUUGACAUCUGUUGACAUGCUGGAACAUAUUUUUGUGAACAUUUUUUACAUUUUUGUUGAAAUUGUAUUGACAUUUUGUUUAAAUGCUGAAAAAAAUAUUUUGGUUGACGUUUCACUUGACAUGUUUUGUUGAGGAGUUGAAACAUGUUUUAGUUGACAAAAAGAUGAAAGAUAUUUUUGCGGAUUCUUGAGUGACAUGCUUUGGUCGACAGUUUUGUGGAUUUGCUAGAGCAGGUUUAUGUUUUGUUGUCAUGUCAAAUGUGCACAAAAGAUUUAUGUCAUGUCAUAAAUGUCAAAAGCACAACUUCCCAACUAUAUUAUGAAACUCCAUACGAUACCUCACUACUACCUUAUCAUUUUUACACAACUUUACUUUUGCACUUUUCAGUGAGCAGCUGGCCAAUGUUUUACGCUUUGUUUCUGCAGACCGACAAGCACACAAUACACACUACACACAGUACUACAUACACACGAUACAAAAGAUGUGCGCAGUACACACCACUCAACUACAUGACAUACUGACAUUACACACAAUACACAUUUGACAAAAAAAUGGGGGCCAAAUGGUUGUUCAAUGAGUCGUAAGCCAUUUCGUUUUGUCUCCUCGUCGCCUUCAAAUGACCUCGUGACAGCCGUGUUGUCAAAAAGCCUCAAAAGAUGGAAAAUGUGAAGAAUUUUCUGUUGGUGGUGCGUUCAAGGAGCAUGGGCCAGCUGAUUGUGGGACGCAUCACAUGACCUUCUUUGCACAUCGCCAUGGAGAACGCUUCCGCUGAAUGUUUUCGUCAUGUUGCUAAAUAAUGCUAACGGAGCCGAGCUAAUAAAGAGUUCACUGUGACAACGA